UUAGCUGUAACAGAGGGAUGCAAGGAGUCGUGGAACGUUUCUGUAGUUCUUAUAUCUUGGAGACCCCCAGCUGUUCGCGUCCAUUGGCAUUUUAAUUCCGCUAAUUUUUCAGUUGCGAGAUUCGAACUCACCUACCGUCCACUGAAUGCCAGAUACAGAGUGGUUCACGAUAUUCCAGGUGAACAGAGGUCCUUGAUUUUGGAAAGACUGCAACCAGCGACAGAGUACCAGUUAUACCUUGUGGCUUUCGCACUCUCCGGACAUCCGACCAACAUCAGCAGCAAGGUGCACUUCGUGUCCCCAGAUGUCACGCAGAACGAGAGCUGGAGUCAGAAGGGCGAUACGACACAGAUGGAAGAGGAGACCCCACCUCCUUUCACAGUCCGUGAGGAAGAAGUGGUCAUUGUCGUCUUAGUGCUGGCCGUCUGGGUGUUUGUCAUUGUGCUUUUCUUCAACAAAUGGGGGAAAAUUCGGAUGCUGGAGCCUUACCAACCGCAAUAUCACUCACAUCCUGUCAUAGCAAAGCCGGCCCGCCUACCAUUGAACGAUGCACUAGCCCCACUCGAACGCUUCAACAUGGAGUUCGGAGCAGCCUCGACGCCUUAUCACAUUAACAAGAUGAGACCUCGCCAGAAUUCGGUGUUCGUCGGGAGUCCUUACAGAAGCAGAAGUGGUUCAGUCCUCUCCGAACCUAGAAUUCCGAGGAAGGUCAAAAGUGCAGAAGAUAUAAAAUCUCUCGUCAUACAAGUGGGCGAUCGCAGCCUUCAGCAGUCAACAGCCCUUUGAGAUAAAUAGAUUAGUCCACGGAUUGGCUUCUUUAAAACUAUUUUUCAAGCUGUUUAAUUAAGGAACGUGUGCGCGUUCACGUGCAUUGCAUAUUCGUGCAUAAUCUUCAAACGUGCUUAAUUGUCCCUUCUUCGUUACGAAAAAUUUUUCCAAAAAAAAAAAAAAAAAAAACUUAUUGUAACAGCUGGAUGUUUGCGAAUACUUCGACACUAAACAAUAAAAGCAUUUAACUGGUACUAUUACAUACCGCAAAAUUUAAGAAUUACUUUCAUUUGCAGCUAAUCAUCCAAUUCCAACUUUCAGGUAUAAAAAGGGCUGAGAUAACUUUUCAAUAGGAAUAUGGCUGCUUUUUGAAAAAUUCGUGAAUCUUUUUGGAAAUUCAUUUUUGAUUAGAUUUAAAAGUUAAUUUAAAUAUAUAUUGUUGAGAUUAUCGUCAAACGUAACAAGUGUAACUGCAUUUAUUGCUUGAUAAAUGGAAGAGCUUUUAAGAUUACUUAGCAAUUAUAUUGCAUAAUUCUAUAAAUGAAACAGUAAAAGCGGUCUAUGCAUACAUUUAUGGAUUUUCCUUCCCCAUGUAAGUUUUCAAAAAUAGAUCCAAAUUUUAGAAACAAUUGAGUAAAAAUAAGUUAAGUUAGUUAGUAUAAGCCAGGGGUGGCCAACCGUUUUGGGAAAAGUGCCACUGUUUGGGCAAAAAAAAAGGUUACAACGUUCCAACUUUUCCAACACACUAAAAAAUACAAAAGGUGAAAAAAUUUUAUUUAUACGCUGAUUAUUGAAUUAUUUUAUGUAAGUCUGAAUAGUGGGCAUUUAAAAAAAAUUAUAAUAAAUAAAACAAAAGUACAAACUAGGGUUGAUUGUUGAUCACAGUUUUUAAAGAUUCAAUCAAUUAGCUUAUGUAUAAAAUAAAAAUGAAUUAUUUGAAACAUUUAAUUCUAAAUAACUAUUAAACAGUCGGUACUUAAUGUUUUUUAAUACGUAGUUUUUUACCAAGUCAUCUAUAUUAGGAUUAGUUCUUGAAGAUGCUAACAAAAUUAGAUGUUUUAGGCGCUUCUUCAGCUAAUUCUUGAACAAUAUUUUGAUUUUAAUAUGUUCACAAUAGAAAACAUUUGUUCACAAACAUAUAUUGAUCCAAACCUACAACAAUACUUGAAGGCGAAUCGUGUAAAUUUGAAAAAUUGCUUGUUGGUACAAAUUUCCAAAAUUUAAUAUAGUUUGGAUCACUUGCAGCUGAAAUAAGUUCCCUGUAUUUGCUUUUCAGUGUACUAGGCUGCUGUAGAUCAUUAAUUUCGAUUUGGAUUUCAGUUCGGUAACAAUUAACGUCUUGUAGAAAAAUUGAAAAAGGAUUUGUGAAAAGAUCAGCAAUUUUUUUUUAUCAUCUUGAAAAUCACCAAACCUAGUACUGAAUGAAUCCUUCAAAAUUGGUAUUAAAUUCUUAAAUCUGUUAUAGUUCAGAGCAUUAUUGACUUUGGUAGCUAGUUCCUUCAUUCAUGUGAAAUGUGUUAAUCUUUUUUCUCCGAAAUCGAAACAAAAAAAAAACAUAAGUUUGUUCACAAAGGAAGAUAUAUGACUAACUAGGGUGGGAAAAAUACAAUCUUUUUCUUGUAAUCUUAAAUUUAAAUUAUUUGGAUGUCCCAAAAUAUCUGUGAGAAAAGCUAAAUCCCAUAGCCAAUCAUCAUUUUCGAGUAACAAGCACUCACUGGGCAACACUCCCUCAAAUUCUGUUAUUAAAUUUAGCUGGACUUGGAGAAUAGGUUUAGAGUGUUCGCUACAGUGAAAUAAACCUAAACUAAGAUUCAAAGAGUUAAAAAAAAUAAUUACUUUUAUUCUAAUGUGUUUAUGUGUGUAUCUAUCAACGGACUUGACUCAGACGAUAUUAUUAUUUUUUUCGAAAAUGCAGUAAGUACAAUUUUUCCACUUCAUCUAGAAUGAAUAUUUGCUGAACGAAGAUACUACAUAAUCUUGAAGCUUAAUGUUUGUAGUUACGAAAUACUGAUUUGAUUUUGCAUGCUACUACGCAAAAGGGUAUUUUGUCCUGAAAGGUUAUUUUGUUUGUUUUUUUUUUUUUUAAUUAAAAGUGAGACUUGGGCAUGGCUUAUUUUGGCACUUUUUAUGCAGCAGAUCUUUAGCAAAAUUUUUAACUAAAGACAAUGCUGACGACUGAAUUAUGGUCUGUUUCUUAAAAGAUCAAAAAGAAAAACUUAUAAAAGUAAACAAAACGAUUUCCUUCAUACUGAUCUCUCGGUAAAGAUUCAAUGCAGUGAAUAGGACAAAGCUCCUGAAGGGAUUUUGAUUUAUGCAUUAUAAAACGUUAAUGUGCUGCAAGCAUCUAUUUUGAGAAUUAGUUCCGCUGUAAAACAUCAUGAUGCCAUAUAUGAACUAACAAUUAGCUUAAUAUUUCAUCUAGAUAAAACUUCGGUACAGUGUUUGAUGUUAAGCCAGUCUAAAUUUUUAGUUGCAUUAAACUUCACUCGGUUAACAAAUUAAAUUGGCUCGCAAACUUGCCAUUUUCAUUAGCAAAUAGUUAUAUGGCAUAAUUGCCAAACAUUCCACUUGGUAAUCAUUACAAAAGCGAAACAGUAGCAUAGCUAUUUAACUGAUAUUUAUAAUUGAAAGGUAAACUACUUUUAGUGAAUACAUUUGAACUUCCAAAUUAUUUUCUAUUAAGGCAGUUUGCCUAAGAAUACAUAAACAGUAUCAACCAACAACAUUUAAAAUUAAGGCUGAAGUCUUCAUCAUUUCUUUAUCUUCUUUUACUCUCCCUGUCGUUGCAAGACUUCUUACCUUCAUCAAUUGGUAAGAACUAAUAAAUUAUAUAUUGCUAAUUUGAAUUUCCGUCAUCUGAUGACGAAACUAGUAUCAUCACAUCCUUUUCAAAGCACCAUCAUAUAAAAAAAUAUUCAGAAUAUUUCCAAAAAGAAUUAGCUUGCAUUCUCAAUUUUUUCACUCAAAAUGUGAUUACUAACAGCAGAAUUUAUUUUAAUUUCUUCAAAUAAACAUGAAUUGCGGUGCAUAUUUUACCUCAUAAAAUUUACAGAGAUAGAAGUAUACCCCCCCUCCUUUCUUUUUAGUGUUUGCAGAAACUGAUUAAGCUAUUCAUGAAAGUAUAAGUGGAUUCUGAUAAGAAAAAUAUGAUGUGCAAGCUGAAUUAACUCUAAAUAUAAAAUAAUCUUAAAAAGCAGAGUAACAGUAAAAUAGAUGUACUAUAUUUAUUAUUUCAAAAGAAAAACUGACUUGAGUCAGAAUGCAAAAAUUUUCUUUAAUUUAUUGAAAACACAUUAUGUAGCUGAAAAUUCUGUAAAACAAGCAUCUCCCGCAAUAAUAAUCACAUGAAUGUGUGUGUAACAAAAAUGUCCUAUCUGGCAUAAAGUGGAAAGUAUUAUUAAAAGGAACACUGUGCAUUGGUAUCAUCCUCUGUAUGCAUUUCACAUAUUUUCGUGACAUGACAAAGCAUACAUAAUAUAUAUUCUACAAGGAUUUAUAUAAGUGACUGGGUAUUACAUUCUUUGAUAAAUAAAAACCUGCAAUAUAUUUGAAUUUAUUGGAUUUUUAUCCUAUUUUCUGUUAUCUCAUUUGACUAACAUAACGUAACAACUACGUAAUUUAAUUCUUUAAAAAAGGUUUCUGUAAAGGUAGUUACUGUAGGUAAUAUUAAGUUGUUGAUGUGAUUAUAAAGUAUUUAAUAAUCAACAAAGAACCGAUAUCUAUUACAUUUCAUUCUCAGUGGUGUUCCAGAUCUCUAAAAAUUUUCUAUACAUUUUAACCUGUAUCUAAGAUUCAUUUAAACAUAGAAAUGAGAGAAGCUGUUUUCAGAACGUAAUUUCAGAUUUAUACUGUUGAAUAAUUAAUAUUUUACAUAAAAAUAUGUUUAGUACUAUAAUAUAUUUAAAAAUAAUAUUUAUUAUUCAUAAAAUAAACGAAAUUUAAUCUUUUUGAUGUGCCAAGUCAUCAAGAAACAGAAUGUUUAGCAUUCUCACAAGAAGAAAAGUUUUAUGGUUUUGCUGAACUUAAAGUAAUAUUGUAAAAAACAUUUUUAUUUCAGCUCAAUAGCCUACACAAUUUAAGAAUUCAAAAUGUUGUUUAAUCCUAAAGAAAUUGUAAUAUAAGCUCUUUAAAAAAAAUGAAAGUGGGAAAUCACCCCUCAUGGAUUCACAAUCAUAAAAUAUUUACCUUCCUUGUUUUGCAUUCCUAUAGCAAGCUAUUUGCACUCAGCAUUUCUUUUCUGCAAAGCACUCGUGAAGAAAAAGAUAUUUGUAUCAGCACUGAAUAUAACUAUCAUAUGACAGUUAUGUGUUUAUAUGCACAAUAAAGUAUGAAAAUAAAUGUUGUCAUACCUCACAAGAACUGACGGAUAGGAAACCACUGUGCAUCUUUGCAAUAGCAGAUGUUUCUGCCUAUUACAGAAAGUGAUUUCUAUACUGUCAUUCAUAAAAUCAACACUGAGAGCAGCAAAACUCAGUUUAUUUAUAAGCCUAUAUCAAGAGUUAGUUACUAAUAACUGAUGACUGAAGAUGUAUUAUUAAUGUUCAAGGGAAAAAAUAUAUUCUUGUACAUAAAUUAUUUUGAUUUCUUAUUAAAUUUAACAUCUGUAGUUAGCAAUUACAAUGUUCUUGUGAAAAUAUCAACUUUAACAUACUCAAUUUAAUAAAAUUAUGAUAAAAGAAAUAAGAAUUAAAUUUAUUUUUUAAAUGGUAAAUAGAAAAACGUUUGUGUAAAGGUAGUUACUGUAGGUAAUUUUCAGCUGUUGAUAUGAUUAUAAAGUAUUUAAUAAUCAACAAAGAUAAAUAUAUUUACAUAUUUCACAAAGAUAGUCACAUAAAACUGUAAAUAUUAAUACUAAGAAAUUUUGUUGUUUGACUUCUAAAUUGGUAAAUAGAAGUUAAAAAGAACAACUAUUAAAAUUAGCAUUAUUUGUUGUAUAAAUUAAUGUUCAUUGUUCAGAAAUAUAUUCUGAAGAAAAUAAACAAAAAUAAACUAUUUAGACUUUUCAGUUAACUUUACUCUAUUUAAUGAUACAAUAAUUGCUGGAAUGAUAAAACUGUGAAUAUUAAUACUAAGAAGAUUGAAUAUUUGAUUAUUUAAAAUCAAAAUCUUUUGAACUUAAACUUUCUCGUUUUCAUAAGUAUAUAAAUUCUAAAAUUUUUAUGAAUAAAAAAAUAAUUUACAAUUUAUUAAUAGAAAAUGAAAAACUUGCGAGAAGAAUUAAUUACAAGGGAUUAAAAAGUUCUCCAUAAAUUUGAAAUGUAUUAUAACAUUAGCCAAAUUUGAUAAUAUCAGUUUUUACCAGACCUUACAUUUACAUAAUUGGAUCUGAGUAUAUUUAAUGUAUCUGCAGUCCGAUUCAUUGUGUAGUAUAAAUUGUUUUCAAUCAAUAUAGGGAUCUAGCUGUUAUCAAAAAAUGCAAUCAUGUUACCUUAGGCAUUUGAAAAUAUCAGCUAUCAGAACAUUUACAUAUUUUAUGAUUAAAAACUUCAUGUUACAAUCAAAAACAUAGCAGCAAUUAAGUAAAUUUUAAUGCAUGAAUCUGACAUCAUUUCUUGGCCAACCCAAUGUUCGUAAUAAAAGCAUAAAUAAAUGAAAUAAAAAUAGUAGCUACAAUAAAAAUCCAUAUGAUAUAACUGGGAAUUCAUAAUUAUUUUAGUAUUAUAUGCAUUGAUCCACAAAAUAACAAGUACUCAGAGGAAAAAAUCUAGCAGUAAAAAUGGCGUGAAAAUACUAGUAUAUAUUCAUUCAAAAAUUAAAAGAUUGCUUAAACAAACACAAAUAGCCAAAUGUCCCUCAUACAUGAAUGAAGCCACCUCAUCUUUUAAAACAGCUGAUACACAAAAGUAGAAUUUUCACAAGAACAGUAGGAAUAUAUUGUAUGAUAUGUAUUACAUAUUAUAUGCAUUAUUUGGGGAAAAAAUACUUAUGGUGCAAAUUGAAACAUUCUUGAUAUUAAAGAAUGUCCAAACCCAAGACCAAAUUGUUUAAAAAUGUAUGCAAUUUAACAGUAUUUAGCCUUGAUAUUUAUAGAUGUUCUAAUGGAACAAACAUUAUCUUACCAUGUAAGUAGAAAUAUUUUAAUCUUCAUAUUUUUACUACAAAACAAAUUAUAACCCUUAGUGAACUGAAAAAAAGUGUGUAUGAAAAACAUUUAAUAAAGAUAUUGUUCUUCUGCAUGCAUAGUCAUUUUAUUGUUUAUGUUUACUUUAUAUUCAUUACUCCAAAAACUAAAUUUGGUCCUUUUAAACUAAAUUACAGUUUGAAAUUUUAUACUAGUUCCCAUAAACAGCUUUUUCAAACUCACAGGAUAAGCUUGUAGAUAAGUUAGUAGAAAAGUUUAUAAGUAGAUUAAUUGAAAAAAAAUAGUGAUUUACAUAAAAUCGUUCACUUCAAUAUAACAC